AUGAGAUCGAACGCGUCGCGCCUGGAGGCCAGUUCUUUUAAAGCGCUCGCACAAACUCGUGUGACCGACGAGUGCAGAUGGACAAAAUCGGCUGUGUACAGCUACCGUGCCUUUUGCUAUACCAUAGUGGGUGGAGCAGGAAGCCAAGGGACCGACACAGAGUUGCACUACCGUCCAGCAAGAUAUAACAACUGGCGACAACCCGAACCCACGAUGUCAAUUUCGGCAGAGCAACUCCAAUUAAUUUUACAGCAACAACAGAAGCAGUUCGAAGAAGCACAACUGAGGCUUGUUGAAUCUCUGAUGCGCAGUAUGUCGGUGAAUGCGAUAAAAAAGGGUGAGCCUCCGUCUUCUUCCGCAGAUGCUGCUGCCAGCUCAAUUACCGAAUUCAAUUUUGAUGCUGAAUCUGGACGAACUUUCGAAAGUUGGUUCAAGAAAUAUGAAGACAUGUUUCAAACCGACUUUGCUCAGUUUGAUGAUGCAUGGAAACGCAUGGCUGAGCGGGAAAACUCUGCGAAUCAGAGGGCCUUCUGGAAUGCGGAGUACAUGUUUAACCAGCGCAACCGAUUGUUUAACCAGCGACGUCACUUCACAGAGCAAACUUCACACUUCCGCACCAACCAGCAGAUGUGUAAUAAUAGAUUGAAUGAAAUUGAACGUUUAACCUUGUCCAAUUUGGACCAUUGUGUUUUCGAAGUCGACAUGAACAGUGCGCUUUCGUCGUGUGAGCUAUGUAGUUUUGUUUGGGUGCCCAUUGUUGAGCCAGGUGAUCGGACAUCGCGCAUCCCUAGUCACCCGUUAGUCAUACGCGUCAGCUAA